UCCGUAAGGAUGGGAGCCAACAGUUGCUCUACGAUGUUCCGACCACGCAGUGGUUGCCGUCAUAAGUUGGUUCACUUUAUACUCCACUCGAUUUUAUACAGUUCCUGGGCUCUUGGCAUAUUUCCAUUCACGUACACCUCGAAGAAAAGAAGACUGCGCCGCUCCAAGUGGCUCUUGACAUAUGGAAUUACCUUCAACACGAUUCUUGUGAUCCUGAUGGUGCGACCCCAUGGCGGAGAAGGGGAACCCAUGGCGAAUGACCCCAAGUUGGAUGUGUUUCAGCGCAACUUUGUGCUGCGGCAAAUCAGCGUGAUACUGGGCACUGGCGGAGUGAUUACGAUAUGUGUGACUUAUCUGCGAACCUUCUGGAGGAGCAGAGACCUGUGCAGGAUCUACAACCAGCUGCUGAAUUUGGAAGUGAAGUACUUUGCAGAUUAUGCAGUGGAGUGCCCAACCUUCGAUCGAUAUGUUAUCCGAAAGGGUUUACUCAUAUUCGGAGGGGUGGUAUCCACAUUGGUCAUCCACAUUGGUAUGCCCAACGAGUCAGUUUCACUCGCGAAGAUGGGUUGCUUUAUGUUGGCCAUACACUUCCACCUGGGCGUGGCAUUCAUCUACCGUUUUGUGUGGUUCAUCAACCGAGAACUUCUGGACAUGGCCAAUCGCCUAAGGGUCAAGCCGGAGGGAAGCUCCUCUCGUGUUCGCCUGCUCCUCUCACUCUACUGCCGCCUGCUGGACCUCAGCACACGACUUACCGCAUGCUAUGACUACCAGACGGCUAUGAUGAUGACCAUCUUCUUGGGCGGCAACAUAAUCGUCUCCUUCUACAUGAUCGUCUUCAGCGUCAGCCUCAGCCAGAUGUCCGUCUUCGUAAUGCUGAUCAUGUUUCCCCUGGCUUUGGUCAACAAUUUCCUAGACUUCUGGCUGAGCAUCGCCGUAUGUGACCUGGCAGAGCGGACGGGCAGGCAAACCUCCACGAUACUGAAGCUAUUUAAUGACAUGCAAACAUUAGACAAAGAGCUGGAACGCAGUCCAUCGCCGUUUGAGGUUCCAUCACUGUGGACUGUUCUACGUCAAUUUUGA